UCGAGUCUCCCACUCGUCCACUUGUCCACUUGUCCCACUCAUCCAAUCAUCCCCUCAGCUACUCAUUCGCGAAGCCCUGCAAGCGCGACUUAAUGCAAUUAUUAUUGUUUUACAAAUAACUCUGUCCCUGCUGCUGUUGCUGGAAAAAGUCCAACUAAUCCAAGCCAUUUCUCUCAGUUCGGGGAUUGGUCACACUGCCGCACGUCGUCGAAAGGAAAGCAACUGUGAGAAAUUUCCGAUGAGCUACUGGACUCCAGGAGCAGGAUUUGCUGGUGCAGCGGGACCACCGCCAGCAGCCGACACCAUGUCUUCGACACCGCCGACAGGCCUGCCUACCGGCCAACAGCAGCCGGUCGAUUCGCCGCUUCUACCGCCUCCGCCAACAGGGCAGAAUAUUGCCCCAUCCGGAGCUUUUCCAGGCUCUCUGACACCAGGCUGGAACGAUCCGCCACCAAUUAGCGGAGGAGCCAUGGCCAGCGGAGGCGAUGGCGGCCGUCGCCCACGCCUCGAUCUACGGAAACGCGUGGCCUAUCCGCUGAGCGGACAGCAGUUUCAUCAACCACAACCGAAUUUCCAAGCACCAGGUCUGGAUCAGGGCUUGGCACGACCCGUGGCCAUGGUGCCACCGCAACGGCAACUUCCAGUCCAAAAUCACGGAAGCUUCGGGGAAGGCGCCGGUGCCGGGAUAAUCGAUGCUAGUGGAUUUAGCGGAAUUGGAGGAGUAGGAUCGCCAGCGGGGAAUGCGAACCGACCGCCGCCAUUGGCUUCUGAGCUGAUUGGCAAUCCGUCCAAGGUGCCAGUAGCUAUAGUUCCGCCGCGAACAAAAUAACACCAAGCCAAGAUCAGAGCGUAGUUGAUAGUGCGUAGGUUAGACACCCCAAAUCAAAUCAUUGUGUUCUGGGCGGGAAAGAAAAUCCAUAUUUUUCUAUGUAAAACACUUAAGAAUCACACCACAAAAAAAAAUACAAACGAAACGAAAGAG